CAGUUUGCACUGGAGCGAUUUGGUUCUUAUCUCAUGACAAAUUGGCGUUAUAAUUGCGAUUUACUUUUUUUUCUGUGUGAAAAUCAUUAUCCUUGAAAAUAACUUGAAAAAUAGUGAGCAAUCUGGAUUCGCAAUAAGUUGAGCAUUAUGGUUUGUGCUAGUUUCUGAUUGUCCCAGAAAAUUCCCCCAACAUGUUGUACACAUCUGGUGAAACGCACAUCGAUGAUUACGGCAGAAAAUGCAGCUCCAUUGCUGAUAAAAUAAUGAAAGAUGACAAUUUGAAGGAGAAGCAAAACUCGAUUGUGAGACGCAAUCUGUCUGUCCGGUCGAAGAGUAAAUCCAGCCAAAAGGAUGCAUUCGACGAGCGCUCGGCUUCACGGCUUAGUGCUAGGGGAAAGCCACCGAACGAGUCGCAAUCGUCCAGUGGUACUACCAAUUCCUCGGGGAGUACCUGCAGCGAUGGAGAAUCGUCCUCCUCCUAUGGGGAAAGCAAUUUACCCUAUCCGGGCUUUGUAGAGUACUCGCUCAAGUAUCUGCGGCAGGACACGAAGCCACGAAUUUGGUGUUUACAGCUAAUCACAAAUCCGUGGUUCGAGCGCAUUUCUAUGCUAGUGAUAUUACUGAAUUGUGUCACCUUGGGAAUGUACCAACCGUGUGUGGAUGACGCAUGUGUCACAAAUCGAUGCAAAAUAUUGCAGAUAUUCGACGACGUUAUAUUUGCAUUUUUCACGCUGGAAAUGACCAUCAAAAUAGUCGCUAUGGGAGGAUGGGGCAAGGGUACCUACCUGGCGGAUUCCUGGAAUCGUUUAGAUUUUUUUAUUGUGCUGGCGGGCGCUUUGGAGUACUGUUUGCAGGUGGAAAACUUCAAUUUAACUGCAAUCAGAACGAUUCGUGUGCUGCGACCGCUUCGAGCUAUCAACAGAAUACCGAGUAUGCGCAUUCUGGUGAUGCUUCUACUGGAUACUUUGCCUAUGCUCGGCAACGUGUUGCUGCUGUGCUUUUUUGUGUUUUUCAUCUUCGGAAUUGUUGGUGUUCAGCUGUGGGAGGGAAUUCUUCGCCAGCGAUGCGUGAUCAAACUACCGGACAAUGUGUCUGCCCCUGAGAUAAUCCCAGAUGAAUAUCGAGUCCGUGUUCGCGUUAAUUCCAUAUCGUUUUACUACGAGUUUUCGAAAGAACAGGAUUACAUAUGUUCAAAACCAGAUGAUUCAGGGAUGCAUCUUUGCAAAAACCUGCCACCGUACAGAAUAGGAGCACUUGUUUGCAACGAUUCUGCAAUCGCCUUCUCGAACAAUUUUCCAACCAGGACUUCAUGUGUGAAUUGGAAUCAAUACUACACCAACUGUACGCAGCUAGGGAAUAAUCCGUUUCAAGGAACUAUAUCGUUCGAUAACAUUGGUCUGGCAUGGGUGGCAAUAUUUCUGGUUAUCUCGCUUGAAGGUUGGACCGACAUCAUGUACUACGUUCAAGAUGCUCACAGCUUUUGGGAUUGGAUUUAUUUCGUAUUAUUGAUUGUGAUCGGAUCAUUCUUCAUGAUCAACCUGUGCUUAGUUGUCAUCGCAACGCAAUUCUCGGAAACCAAAAAACGCGAAAUGGAACGGAUGCGCCAGGAACGAGCGAGGUUUACUUCAACAUCCACACUGGCGUCCAGUACGAACAAUUCCGAGCCCACGACGUGUUACGCGGAGAUUGUGAAAUAUAUCGCCCAUCUCUACCGACGCUUCAAGCGGCGCAUCAUUAAGAAGUUACGAUUGUAUAAGUACCAAUUUCAAAAUAAACAGGAAGGAUUACUGCCGCGUACUCCGGAAACGCUAACGCUAUCACCGAACAAGAUCAGAGCCCACCAUCCGAAGUGUCCGAAGAUACAAAGUUUUACCGGCGGUGGUGUUGGGAAAAAAUACCGAGAUGAUAUUUCGGCAAGUUCUAUUCUGCCGAAAGCUAUCAAAAAUGCAUCCGGAAGCGAUAAACAUUCCUCAUCUGACGUUUCGGAAAUGGUGUCUGCCGAAAAUACGAAAAACAAUGCGUUGAACAAUUGCGCUUCCUAUGCCAGCCUUGAAGACAAUCAAAAGCUAAUGCUACUACAAAUCCCCAAUGGUGAAAAUAACCAAUCGGUAGCAAAUAUCAUCAGCCCCCUGUCUGCAGGUAGAAGAAGAUCAUCGGUUAUGUUUAAUGAGUGCGUUGUACAUCAUAUGCCUCCAACUAUUCCAGAACCUACAGCCGAUAAGAACGUGUAUUGCUUAGAAAAGAUGACUCAAACAAGUGACGCUGGAAUUUGGCAGGUGAAUUUACCAUCAUCCAUUCAUACGAUGACAUCCGCAAUCAACGAUUACUCCGAGCUCUGUCUGACGGACGCCAUGACGUGCCAGGAACUGCUGGCCUUUUCCGUGGCAUUUUCCGCCGCACUGCCGACAGGCCAUACGACGUUGGAGUCAUUCUACUCAUCGCUGAUCCGAAGUCGGACGCACGAGAAAAGUAGCAAACUGUCACCGGAUGUAAACAUUUCAAACAUCCACGAGUACAACGGGAAGCCCGUAUCACAAAAGUCAUCGCCAAGCAUUGCGAAUUGCUUGCCGCAGAAUGCAACAAACAUGAACAACAUUAACAACGAAGAGUUCAGCUGUUGCUAUGAUCUGUACCAAAAUACGGCCACACCGGAAAAGGAUAAAAAGUCACAUUCCAAAGUUUACUACUGCUUGGCUGCCACAUACAGGAGCAUUAGAACCUCUUUACGUUUUAUUCGAACGUGUAUAAGAGCCCUAGUGGAACAUAAAUAUUUCCAGCAGGGUAUCCUGCUGGCUAUCCUCAUCAACACAUUAUCAAUGGGUAUUGAGUAUCACGACCAGCCAGAAGAACUGACCGCAAUUGUGGAAACGAGUAAUAUCGUCUUUUCGGCAAUUUUUGGUGUGGAAAUGGUACUAAAAGUAAUUGCCGAAGGUCCUUUCCGAUACGUUGCCAAUGGUUUCAAUGUCUUCGAUGGUGUUAUCGUUAUCCUCAGCGUCGUUGAACUUGGACAGGCCUAUCUCGGCGAAGGCCAAGGAAGCUCAGGAUUAUCUGUGUUGAGGACGUUUCGUCUAUUGCGAAUCUUGAAACUGGUACGGUUUAUGCCUAAUCUACGUCGCCAGCUAUUCGUGAUGUUGAGAACCAUGGACAAUGUUGCGAUAUUUUUCUCGUUAUUAAUUCUCUUUAUCUUCAUAUUCAGCAUACUUGGCAUGUACUUAUUCGGAGGUAAGUUUUGCAAGUUUGUCGAUGAAUCUGGACAAGAGAGGGAAUGCACUUGUCCGGAAAUUGUCUCCAAGCAUCCUAUGUGUGAAUGUGACCGAAAGCAUUUCAACAAUAUUCUCUGGGCCACCGUGACCGUGUUCCAAAUUCUUACGCAAGAAGACUGGAACGUAGUGCUGUUCAACGGGAUGGAAAAGACAAGCCACUGGGCGGCGCUGUACUUUGUGACGCUUAUGACCUUCGGUAACUACGUCCUGUUCAACCUUCUGGUCGCUAUUCUGGUGGAAGGGUUCAGUUCGGAGAGAAACGAACGUAGAGAACGUGAACAACGCGAGCUCGUCAAAGCGAAACUAAACGCAGAAUCCUUAGCCGCCCAGGAACAGUCGAGUGACAUUUUUGAUGAUCCCAAAAGUUUCUCGGAAUCUACCACCAGCGACAGCUAUAACGAAGCCAAGGGGAAAUGGUUUAGUGCGGAAGAGCUCAGGAAGAUACGAGAUAUUAAGUGCAACAUCCAGAAGCAGCGUUUGCUGCAGCCCAGAUAUGACAAUAUCAAUUUAUCGAUUCCCAAGCUGAACUCCGAGAAGGACAUCAUUAAUUCAGUUGAUUCAUAUUCUUCUAACAAGGUUUUACAGAAAAAGUGUGGCCCCCUGAUGUUAUGUGACAUACAGAACAUGGAACCCCCGAUAAUUACAACCACCGCAGCAACGCCUCAAGAUUCACCAAACUCGACGCUUAAUACGAGCGCUAGUUUUAAGGAUUGGGAGUGCACAAAUCUAGAUCCACUGGAGCGAAGCGAAAAUGCUUCACUCCUGAAACCUCCUCCAAUUCUGGGUUCAUUGAAGGCCUUAGAUGAUCGAUCAUUCUUCGAGGGUACGCCGGUGUUCAAUGAAAUUCGAAAGAAAUCAGAGAAUACACCGCUAUCGGUGGGUAAGCGUGGUUCUACUGACGCAUCGCCGAGGCAGCAAAUGCCUAGUAAAGGAAGCCUGAAACUACGGAACAGUGGGUUGAAAGGCGAUGAAAUUCUUAACAAUGAAAAACCAACCAGUGGACGAGGUCACACCAUUUUCAACAUGCACAAAAACGACACGGUGCAAAAAUCGUAUCGUAUCCAGAACGACACCCAGCGGAGCCGCCAUCAGACGCUCAGACGAAACUCCACCCGCAGAGCGUCGUCGGCUAGACAUGAUAGCACCACCGGAAGCCUCGCCAGUAACAUCAGCGCCACUUCCUACUCCAAGUAUCUGUACAGCGAAAACAACAAACUGUAUAUCGAUCGAAAAAAUUCACUGCGUCUGAGUGAUAUAAAAACACCGAAUAACAUGCGCCGCAUGUCGGCCAUUGAACAAAACUAUCGGAAGCAGUCGCGAGUGGCGCUGCACAACUUUGAACUGCGGAAGAUUCACGAAGAGCUUGCCAAAUGCAAAAUCACCAACCAGGCGUCGGUUCAGUCAGACGCCGUACCGUCUGUCGAAACAAAUCCGGUACCGGCCGCUGUAGACGACAGGAAGAAGAAUAGAUCCAAGGGGCGAUUGAAGCAAUUUUUUCGCUACGUUACACCACAUAACUUCGUUGAGGAACGAGACACCUACACGUUGUAUAUAUUUACCGAAAGUAACAGAUUCCGUCAAAUUUGCUCUUGGUUUGUGAACCAAAAGUGGUUCGAUAAUGUAAUUCUUUUGUUCAUUGCACUGAACUGCAUUACGUUGGCGAUGGAACGCCCAAACAUUCCGCCGAACUGUCCGGAACGAUAUUUCUUGUCCACUGCAAAUUAUGUGUUCACAGCCGUCUUCGCUGUUGAGAUGUUCAUCAAGGUUGUCGCAACUGGCAUGUUUUACGGGCCAGAUGCGUAUUUCACCUCCGGCUGGAAUAUAAUGGAUGGAUCGCUAGUCAUCAUAUCGAUUAUCGAUUUGCUGAUGUCAUUGAUUAGUGAAUCAAGCCCGAGGAUAUUCGGCAUUUUGCGGGUUUUCCGGCUCCUGCGAUCGCUCAGACCGUUACGAGUGAUAAACAGGGCUCCAGGGUUGAAGUUGGUAGUACAAACGUUGCUGUCAUCGCUCCGGCCCAUCGGAAAUAUAGUGUUGAUUUGUUGUACCUUUUUCAUAAUUUUUGGUAUCCUUGGAGUUCAGCUUUUCAAAGGCACUUUUUUCUACUGCGAGGGUGAAAACAUCAAGGGUGUCAAAAAUAAACAAGAUUGCAAGGCCAUAGAGGGCAACGUUUGGAUCAACAGGAAGUAUAAUUUUGAUGAUCUUGGCAAGGCGUUGAUGUCACUCUUCGUACUGUCAUCGCGGGACGGUUGGGUGAAUAUCAUGUACACCGGAUUGGAUGCUGUAGGAGUUGAUCAGCAGCCUAUCGUAAACUACAACGAAUGGCGUCUGCUGUAUUUCAUUGCAUUUAUUUUGCUGGUUGGAUUUUUCGUACUAAAUAUGUUUGUGGGAGUUGUGGUGGAAAAUUUCCACCGUUGCCGCGAGGAACAAGAAAAGGAGGAGAAAAUCAGACGCGCAGCGAAGCGAGCUUUACAGAUGGAGAAAAAGAGACGUCGAAUGCAUGAGCCACCUUACUAUACCAACUAUUCUCCGUUGCGCUUGUUUGUUCACAACGUGGUGACGUCCAAGUACUUCGAUUUGGCAAUCGCAGCCGUUAUUGGGCUAAACGUGGUCACUAUGGCAAUGGAGUACUACAUGAUGCCACUGGCUCUGGAAUAUGCGCUAAAAAUUUUCAACUACUUUUUCACCGCGGUUUUUAUACUGGAAGCCAUCAUGAAGCUGGUGGCCCUGGGAUUGAAGAUCUACAUGAAAGAUAAAUGGAAUCAACUGGACGUAGCAAUUGUGAUUCUUUCAAUCGUAGGAAUUGUCUUAGAGGAAUUAGAAACGAACAUUAUACCAAUCAAUCCAACAAUAAUACGCGUAAUGCGGGUGCUUAGGAUAGCGCGGGUAUUAAAACUGUUAAAAAUGGCCAAAGGAAUAAGAGCACUACUGGACACUGUCAUGCAAGCACUGCCUCAGGUUGGAAAUCUAGGCCUACUAUUUUUCUUACUGUUUUUCAUCUUUGCUGCCCUGGGAGUUGAAUUAUUCGGCAGAUUAGAAUGCUCGGAAGAGUUGCCAUGUCAGGGUUUGGGAGAGCAUGCGCAUUUUGCCAAUUUUGGGAUGGCAUUUUUAACCUUGUUUAGAGUUGCCACUGGCGACAAUUGGAACGGAAUAAUGAAGGACACGCUGAGGGAUGAUUGCGACGAUGCCGCUGAUUGUGUGAAAAAUUGCUGCGUAAGCACAGUGAUAGCUCCAAUAUUUUUCGUAAUAUUCGUCCUGAUGGCACAGUUUGUGCUGGUAAAUGUAGUGGUAGCAGUGCUGAUGAAACAUUUGGAAGAGAGUCACAAACAAAUGGAGGACGAAUUAGAGAUCGAAACGGAGCUGGAGCGAGAGUUCGAACGUGAGCAGGAAUUUGAAGAAGAACAGGCUCUUUGCCUGCAACUUGAAAACAAUCAUAAAAAGUCACAGAAAAAACCGCUGACGAAAGUAUCAUCAUUGCCAUCGAAUUUCACAUACAGCACACCGGUUUUGGAGAAAAAGCUGAAUUUUCAGCGCCGACAAACUAUACAGUAUUUUAAUCAGAACUUAUCAACUUGUAGCCCGCAUUCAAUUAGCAAUUCUUAUGAUGAGACUGCGGAACACAACAUCAAAAAUGAAACCGACGAAACGCUCAACCCAGUCAACGAUACUGCAGCUAGUAACACAAAAAUUCACAUCAAGAAAUCACUUUUCAAUAAAAAUAUAGAGAAACGGUUGUCAGUAGAUGAGUAUAAGAAACCGUUUAAAGGUCAAGACAGAGGCGGGAGUGUUAGGAAUAGUUCAUUGAAGUAUGCCAACACCUGGAAGGAGAAUAAGGAUAACCAGUCGUUUAACGAAGGGGACUCCAGUUUAAAAACGUCUUGCCCAACAAUCGCGGCAGCUACCAAAAGCACAGCUAAAACCAACAAACCAGAUUAUCGUCAAUUAAGUCUCGAUUGUGAUGUACGACCAAGCUUCAAUUCGGAUUGCCUCCCUAAUAAACCUUUUCCGAAUUCCUCAUCAGGCGCUAGUGUACAAAAUGUCCCUAUUAAUAGUAGUAACAGUAGUACUAAUAAUACCAGUAGUAGCAAUAAUAAUAAAUUAUUUUUGUCGGUACCAAAGCUGCAGGCUAAAAGUCGUGUUGGCAGCACGAAGCAGCUAUUUAAACAAGCAGCUUUGGACGAGGACACGGAAACGAACGAAAGUUCAUUGCUGUUACCUUCGACGUCGCACACGGCCGAUCUGGCCGGCAAUAAUACCUUCCCCAAUGAAAACGUUGAAUUUAAUGAUGCGGUUAAAAAGUCAGAGUCCUGCGAAAUUUUGCGAAUCAUUUCCGAGCGAAGGAAAAUAUAGAAUUUACCCGUUGAUUAGUUGCGGAGAUGUUCGUAGUUCCAAUCUACUAAUUUAUGAAAAACCAACCAAAUUAAACAAACAAAUAAGAUACCAUGUUGUCAAAUGUAUACACCCCUCCUAAUCGCAACCCUAGUGAAUGUAUUAUUUGUUUAAGUGGAUAGCCUAAGAUAACACUAGAAACCAUGUUCCCAGAUAUCUCCUUAGAAAAGUGUAGGAUUUCCUUAUUGAAUACUGAAUAUUUUCGAACUGAAGACUUGCGUUUACUCCAAACUACUGUUUGCGGAAUUAAAAAAUACCCUGAUGGAUGUGUCCGUAGGAAAAUUACUCUUGGUUUCGAAACAAUUUUCAAGUGCGAACCCUUCCGAACACGAAAACUAUCCACUAAAGGUAAACACAAAAUCUAUUUGUUUAAUAGAUUAGAGCUAAUAAUAAAUUUUAUUUUUGAAGUUUUUUGCAUAUUUGACAUUUCCGACAUUUUUUGUCAAUUCUGGUAAUUACGACAUUUUGGAAAUUACAGGCAUUUAUUAUAAAACUAAAUAAAUAAUAUUUCAACUUCUAAGAAUUUGGAUUUUCGCGUAAAAAUUUGAAUAUUUUUGGACUUCAUAUUCGAUUCAAAAUUCAUAUGCAAAGAUACCUUUGAUAUUGUUACUUCGUAUUAAAGCUAGACUAAUCCGCACUGAAUCUUUAUGCAAAGUACACGAAUUCCUAUAGAUAGAACUUGCGCGCGGUCCAAUUUCGCGGUUUUCUCAACGGAGAAAUUCUGAUCUUUACAGACAGUACUCCACACACGCUGAAAAUAUAACCACAGGCUAGCAGACCUAAUCAUGCUCCAUCGUCGUCCCGCGGUAGCAUUGCUUGGAGCGCUAGCAUGCAAUCUCAUACAUUUAUGUGGAUUUCAGUUUGACACAUGCAUGUACACUAGCGCUGCUGUCGAAAUACAGGGCGCAGAGCCUUCAUUCGAACGACGAAUUGAUUGAAAAUUCGAUCGAAGUGUUAUGUCUGUUGAUCUGUGACAUUACGUUAUCGUUUUACUAGCAAUUACCAUGACAUUGUUGCGUUCGAAAAAAAGAAACGAAAGUUAGAUGGGGCCAGCACAAAAACAUUGGGCGAAUUUCAAGCAAACAGUAGUUAGACAUAACGAAAAACAACAAACUCAACUCAUUUAACGAAAAAAAACUGGUGCUUCAAUGUGUCUCUGUUGAGAAUUAUAAAAAUUAAGAAACUUUUGGUGCAAUACUGUUGAAAAACAAAGUAGUGAAAUACGACGUACGACAAGACUCUUUCUCUCUGAGCGUUAGCGUCGAUCGGUGGAACACUCUUAAUAUUGUAAUAGUUGACUCGAAAUUGUAUGCCUAACUUAUUGUUCGUCAAUAUGCGUUGCCAAAUACUCCAGAGGUUGUUCUGAACAUGUUAUAUUGAUCACGGUUUAUUUCUCUGUAUAGAUAAAAUAAAAAAAAAAAAAAACAAAAAAACGUUUCCAAACAAUACAAAGUAUGACAAUCUUGUAGGAGCCUUCUAUUUUAAAUUAAUUCUAAGAACUUGUAUAUGGAAAUGAAUAAACAAGAGUAAUAACUACUAA